CGGAGGGCCAGAGAAGGCGGCGGACCCGAGUGGAGGGCCGCGCUCGGGCCCCGCCGCGUGCGCGUCCUCCUGGCGGAUCCCGCAUAAAUGUCGAAAAUAUUUCCCAUGAAACAUAAGAACCCCUGAUUGUGGAAGGGCCCCACAAGCACUGUUGACUGUAAAGUGAAGAGAAGUAUGAGAGAGCCAUCUGGUUGAGUCUACCAUCGGAAGACCACCACAUCCACCAGAAGACCAAGGAUGGAACUGCACCAAAGCACUGCCAUCCCUUUCCUGGAGAAAUGGUGUUUGGAGAAGUCACUCUCUGGCUGCAGGAGACAUUAUAAUGUUAGGAAAAAACUGAAGUUAAUUCGAAUCUUGGGCCUUCUCAUGGGCCUAGUCGCCAUUAGCACUGUCUCAUUUUCAAUCAGUGCCUUUUCUGAGACGGAGACCCAGAGCACAGAAGAGGCGGUGGGGGCAAGUGGCUCUAGCGCCAUACACGGUUACCGUCAGAGAACUCUCUUAGAUUUAAAUGAUGAGAUCCUGGAUUAUACUCCACAGCCCCCUCUUUCUCAGGAAGACACAUCUGAGAAUGCUACAGAUCAUGCCCAAGGAGACUACCCAAGAGACAUCUUUUCCCUCGAGGAACGAAGAAGAGGCGCCAUCAUUCUGCAUGUCAUUGGAAUGAUUUACAUGUUCAUAGCCUUAGCCAUUGUCUGUGAUGAGUUCUUUGUUCCCUCUUUGACUGUCAUCACUGAGAAAUUGGGCAUAUCUGAUGAUGUGGCUGGAGCCACCUUUAUGGCCGCGGGGGGCUCUGCCCCUGAACUUUUCACAUCUCUCAUAGGGGUAUUUAUUGCUCACAGCAAUGUUGGCAUAGGCACAAUCGUGGGCUCAGCGGUGUUCAAUAUCCUCUUUGUGAUUGGCAUGUGUGCUCUGUUUUCUAGAGAAAUCUUAAACCUGACAUGGUGGCCGCUCUUUCGGGAUGUGUCCUUCUACAUCGUUGACUUGAUCAUGCUGAUCAUAUUUUUCCUGGAUAAUGUUAUCAUGUGGUGGGAAAGCUUGCUUCUCUUGACAGCUUACUUUGGCUAUGUGGUUUUCAUGAAAUUCAACGUCCAAGUAGAAAGAUGGGUGAAGCAAAUGAUAAACCGCAAUAAAGUCGUCAAGGUGACAGCUCCAGAGGCCCAAGCGAAGUCAUCUACGGCCAGGGACAAGGAUGAGCAGGCUCUACCGGCUAAGCCCCGUCUCCAACGAGGUGGAAGUUCUGCCUCCCUCCACAACAGUCUCAUGAGGAAUAGCAUUUUCCAGCUCAUGAUUCACACCCUUGACCCACUGGCUGAAGAACUUGGAUCAUAUGGAAAACUAAAAUAUUAUGACACAAUGACUGAAGAAGGGAGGUUCAGAGAAAAGGCUUCUAUUCUCCACAAGAUUGCCAAGAAGAAAUGCCAGGUGGAUGAGAACGAGAGGCAGAACGGGGCCACCAACCACGUGGAAAAAAUCGAGCUCCCAAACAGCACAAGCACAGAGGUUGAAAUGACACCGUCCAGCGAUGCUUCGGAACCCGUACAAAACGGAAAUCUGUCCCACACCGUUGAAGCUGCGGACGCCCAGACCACGGAGGCGGGUGAAGAUGAGGACGACCAGCCUCUUAGCCUGGCCUGGCCUUCCAACCCCCGCAAGCAAGUCACGUUCCUCAUUGUGCUCCCCAUAGUGUUUCCCCUCUGGAUUACCUUACCUGACGUCCGCAAGCCGUCAUCAAGAAAGUUUUUUCCCAUCACGUUCUUUGGCUCCAUCUCCUGGAUCGCUGUGUUCUCUUACUUGAUGGUCUGGUGGGCACACCAGGUUGGAGAGACCAUUGGCAUUAGUGAAGAGAUUAUGGGUCUGACCAUCUUAGCAGCUGGGACCUCCAUCCCUGAUCUUAUCACCAGUGUCAUAGUAGCCCGGAAGGGACUUGGAGACAUGGCUGUGUCCAGCUCUGUUGGAAGCAACAUUUUUGACAUCACUGUGGGGCUCCCGCUGCCCUGGCUCCUGUACACCAUCAUUCACAGGUUCCAACCAGUGGCUGUCAGCAGCAAUGGCCUCUUCUGUGCCAUCGUCCUCCUCUUCAUCAUGCUGCUCUUCGUCAUCCUCUCCAUUGCUCUCUGCAAAUGGCGGAUGAACAAAGUGCUGGGCUUCAUCAUGUUCGGCCUCUACUUUGUGUUCCUGGUGAUCAGCGUCCUCCUAGAAGACAGAAUUCUUGUGUGCCCUGUCUCCAUUUAGUAGGAAAAGCCAUAUCUUGAACUAACAGCAUGGAUGGUCCCUCCCCGCCCUGGGUUCUAGGCUCCUUGACCUCUCCAGAGGAGGCAGCUGGCACACACAGCCAUGGGCAUUUCAGAGCGUCCCUCCUUGGUGGAUUUGAGGAUGGAUGGAUUCACACUGGGCCCACUCAUUUCACAAGCUGCUGCCAACUUUGCCUACUGAAACAGCUCCACACAAAAGACCAUGCAAGAACCGUCCAUUUGGGGCUUCUCUCCAUUUCACCACUGACAGGUACUCCUCGCUGGUCGGAGGUACAUUUGUUGUAAUGAUGCAAACAAUGACAGAGGUUCUCUCUCUAUAUACGUACAAAAUAUACAAAUUAUAAAUAGAUGCACAUGAACAUACCCCUGCCUGUUGCUGUAUUAUACCUCUCCUUUCAUACCUAUAGAGUAAUACGUACCUGUAUACAAAGAAAAAGAAAAAUUUUAUAUAUAUAUAUAAAAUCAUCACAUAUAUAUAUAUAUAAAUACAAAUGCAUCUUUUCAGGGAUAGCUCUAGUAUAUUUAUAGCACCUAUUUGAAGAGGGGCAUCAACCUUCAGUCUGAGCUUGACCUCUUAAGUGCAAGAGGUAAACUAACAGAAUCAUUGCUGUGACCUUCAGCCUACCUUGGACUUAUUGGGAUCCUGCCUGAUAAGGCGGAUAUUUUAGAGAAAUAUGUUGCAGGAGGGAGGGCUUGGUGGAGAGGGUCUGUAGGGACCCUGAGAUGAGACCUUGAAAAUAUUCCCACCAGCCAAUCAGUGAAGACUAUCUGCCCACCCCUGCUGGGGUACACUGAUCAAAACCCCUGGGGUUACUUGGGACAGACAGACAUAAAACCCAGACUGAGUGGAUAUUGCUUUGGGGUGGGGAGAGGCAGGGGAGAGGUGACCAGGGUUAGGAGUUUUUGAAAAUUUUUUAAUAUAUUGCCCUAGCAUGCAAGUAGAAAAUAUAACUGCAAACCAAAUUAGUGUUCUUCUAGGACAAUGAGACUAUAUAAACUGAACCUAUAUUGUUCUAAUGCAUGUCUCAUUAUCAUCCAAAAAGGGGGGGUGGGGGGGCAAGUCUAGCUCUGAUUGUCAUUUAGGCGUAUUUUGAUGCUAAGGGCUCACAUAUAAUCCAAAUGCCUGCCAAGAGAGCCUGCCAUAUGUAAUAAGAAACACCAUCGAGUAGAGGGGCUCAGUGAAACUUGCCACCUAAUGGGAAUAUAAGGGCGUAUGCAGUUCUUUAAAGCAUCUUCCAAUGUGGUUCAUAAAGGGCUUCAGUAUCUAAAGAAAUCAUUAUUCCACCAAUAGAACUAAACUGAUUCUGAUCAAUAUUGCUUGGAUUAAGGUAGCUUAGAGAUGUUUGGAAAGGCAUUUGCACACUCAGCACACUCAGGAAGGUUUCUGAGUCCUCUGCCUAGUGGUGCCAGGACCAGGAUUUGGUUAAGGCACAUGCAAAAUCUGUGUCUCUCCUUCCACAGGGACCCCAUAUGGGAUUCUUUCAAGCGUAGAGGUCACUGAAGACUUCUUCAUGCUUCUUCCUCAACCCAGUCACUCCAGGGUUUUGAUCUCUUGAUUUUGCUCAGCAUUCCUGUGACAUUUUCAUUUCAUUCAUACCCCCCCCCAAUUCUGUUUAAUAUCUUGUAUGAUUUCUCAGGUCUGUGUCCAUAGAAAAUAAAAAACCUCACGGGAGGGGAGGGGGAGGCGAAGUCAAUUGAUGAAAAAUUAGUGUUUCUCAUUCCCCCAAGUCAUGCUUUCCUUUCAAUCAGCUGAAAAAGUAAACAGAGGAUGGCCCAUUAUUCGGCCCCCACCUUCCAACCUAGGCGGCCCAUGCCCCAUACGGGCAACUCUACGACAUGUCUCCAGUCUAUUGUAUCCCUGAUGACGCUGUGAGUCUGUUGUGGGCACGGACCUCCUCACAUGGGGAGAGAGGAGGCGCAACUCACAGAGAGCAAGGUAAGGAGACCUAACAGCCCCAGAUCAAGCUCAGUAUUCCUUCCACAAGACCCCAGCUCCCUCCAAAGCGCAGGGCAGUACAGGCAGCGCGGGUCCGCUCCUCCCCCGCCAGCAGAAGGCACUUCCGGGCGCGGAGGACCUCUGGGAAAAUAGAGGAGCAAGAUGGCUGCCACAGCGGAGGCAAGCCCCCCCACCCCCGCUUUGCAAAGUCGGUGGUCAGUUGAGGGAGAAAAGGCUGACCGCAUCUUCAUCAAGGGCAGGGUGUUGUAUUGAGGCAAGAAUUUGUGCUGCUUCCUUAGAGGGAAAGAGAAUGAAUAAGUGAACUUCUUGUCGGAUCCUGCAGUGGUUCCCCCACCCCACCCCCACGCUUUACUUGAAGGGGAGCAAACUGGGUUACUGCAUGAGUAUGUAUUAUUGGCUGGUCUGUUACCCUAGGGAAGGUGUGGAUAGAUGACGUUAUCUCAGCCUCAGACCAACUUCAUGAAACCCAAAAGGAUUCGGGAGGCCCACCGUAGCCCGGUUCUUGUUCCAGCACCUGCUUCCCCGCCCCCGCACUCCUUCCCAGCCAUUCCCAGCUCACAGUGAAGACCCAUCCAAGCGGCCACAGAGCAUUCCACUUGCCUCGAGAGCUCCACGUCCCAGGAAAUGCUGUGGCUCUUAAAAGUCGCCCUUAAGGAGACAGGAUUUAUGAGCCUAUUCUGUUCCCUGUGAGGAGCAUUGAGCACGAUGUACAACAGCCGUGUCCCCUGCCUGCCUGGUAGGCAGUCCCCUUCCCUGUUCACUGCUGUCCUCAGGAUGGGUCUAUAAGGUCAUGUGUUGGGCUCCACUAAGUCCAGAGAGUGGUGUGUAGAAUGCAACAGUGGAUCUUGAAAAGCCUUCAAAUCUCUAACAAUUCUAAUUCAAGAACAAACUUUCCUGAGCAGGUCAUCUCUAGCACUUUCCCUGCAUGCCUGUAUAUAUACAUGUAUAAAUAUAUCCUUAUACCAGAUCUGUAUGUACACACGCUACAUCAUCACCCUCUGACCUGUCACCUUCAGGAUUCAAAAGCAGGGCACAUCAAAUUUGUCAUGAUGAAGGAAGAGAAAAGUCACACACACCACCAAUGUAAGGGAACAUCUCUUUCUGAUCUCUUAAGGUUUGUUCUGGGCGUGUAUUCACACUAAGCCACAUAGUAUGGCCUCACUCCUUAUACUUCCCCACUCCAAGAGUGGAGUUAUGGAAAUGGCCAGCUGUAGCCUCAGUGCUGACCUAUAGGCAGAGACUAUACAACUACUACACAACAGAAAAGCCUAGACUGCAGAAAUUCUUCUCUUUCUUGUAGCAGGGUGUAUAAAUAUCAAAAAUUCUAGAACCAUCUUCUUGCGUCUCAACCUAAAACAAGCAAGCCUUGCCCAGAGGGUUCAGUCAGCCCCAGCAAACCAAGCAGGUCUUGCUUGCUGACACCUCCCCUGUGGCCAUCCAUAGGCAGCCCCCGCACAGGAGAGCAAGCUGGCUCAAACCGGGAAUGCCCAAGUAGAACAUUCUAAAUUGCAUCUGGAAAUGCUCGUGCUGGGUCCCGCUGCCUUCUGAACCUGACUAGUUCCUGAAGCACUGAAGCUGGUGGUGAGAUGGCAUCUGGGCAGUCUUCUAGGACCUACGCUGAGCCCAGAUCAGGAAGCCACAGAACACAUGCACAGACCAAGGCGUAAGGCUGUUUGUCAAUUUGGCAGAUGAGGCAGAGUAUCCUAAAGCGGGCCCAGAAGAUUAUAUAAAGAGGCAGGCACUGAUUCAUAGUCAGGGAAUAUGCUUUGUAAGGCUUCUAACAGGUGCCCCCUGACAGGGGCCAUUAUAAUUUAUUUUCUAGGAAAGGCAUGAAUCAGGUGCUUUGCAGUCCUUUCAGCAAAACACAGCUGCCUCACUGAUGAGACAUUUGAGAAUAUUAAUGUACAUCCCUUCCUGAGCAGGGAGAAAGUUGGCAGACUCCCCACUAACGCUCACAGCUCUUAAACCCCGAAACAGGGAGAUGGGCGAUGAGCCAUAAAGGGAAGAGCCCCACCCCCACCCCCAGUCCACCUUAACAGAAAGCUGACCAAGCAAAUCACAGCAGCUAGAGCUGCCGGCCAGAGACACAGCUGGAGAAAAGGGGACUUCCGCUCCCUGUUCAGCUGAGAUUGCUGGGUUGGAAUAUGUGGUAGGAGUCUGAUGACCUAUCUGAAUACAAGCAUUUCCAGAAACUUCAGUAUGCUUUCUUCCCUGCACUUGCCAACACACAUAUACACAAUUACAAGGAUGCCAUGCUUCCUUGCACCGGGACAGAUUGUUACUCUAGUAAUUAAGUGCCCAUAUUAGAAGUGACAGGUCUAUUCCAGAAGAAAUACAGGGAAACUGUCCUCAGGGUGAUUUCUGGGGAAAUCAGCUAUCUCCUGAAGGCUUGAUGUAGAAGCUAAUGCUCAUUCUGGCUAAGCCAGAUCUCACAUAAGCAUGUGGCUUAAUGUUUUUAAAAAGACACAUCCUCAACUCCUUAACCUCCCUCAGCAAUAUUGUCUUUAAUUAGUAAGUAAGGACUUUGCCAUUAAAAGAGAAUUAGUGGCGGGGGAGGGAGGGGAAUGAAGCAUAAGGAAAAGAAAGGAAAAAAUUAUUUCCUUUUACGACAAUUCCCAAGAAAACAAGUGUCACACUGAUAUAUAUCCCCUGCAUAGUUUUAAAUAAUUACAGAUUUCAGGCUUUUUCAACUAAUUAUAUGAACCUGCAUAGAGUCCCAGAUGAAAAUAUCUUCCCUUCUCUAGAAGGCCUUGGGAUGGAUAGGUUAUAUGCCCCUACCCCACUAUUUCCGCUUAGCUUCUUGCCUCUCUUUGUGUAUCUUUGUUGAUUUCACAGCUUUGCAUUCUUUGAACUAUGUAACAAACAAGAAAAGCAAUAAAGGACACUUCCCACCACUCUAUUACUUAUCAUUACAACAUUGCAAUGUUUUGCUUUUAGGGGUUUUGUUUUUGUUUUUGUUUGGUUCCCCCCACCCUUCACUGGGAACUUUGAAACACCCAGUAUGCUUUCUUUCUGGGAAGAAAGAAAGGGCUAUGGCAUGUGAUUGCCAGGAGAAUUGAGGCAUCUGUAGAGAGCAGAGGUGCCCUGGUGUUUGGUAUGCAAAUAACACAUCUUCCUACCUAGACGCCCCCACCCCCCAGGGGACCAGCCUUGCUCAGAACCACCUGAAUUCUACGGUCGUCUUUCAUCUUGCUGGUUAAAAACAGCAAGAGAGCGCUAAAAAUGAUAAAGUGAAUCCACAGGUCACCCAGUUUUUAUAGAGACAAAAAUGACCCUAUAAUUACGGCUGGGGAGACACCUCUGUUCAAAUGAGUAUACAAGGGAAACUGCAUAGAGCACCAAAUUAAGCCCGAGCACUUUCACUAAAUGAAUGACUGACAGACUGGAAAACCUUAAAGAAUUAAGAAAAAAAAAAAAAGUAGAGAGAGAGAGAGAGAGAGAAUGGUCUAUGUCUGGAAGAGUGCCAUGGAAUCUGCACUGAGUUUGCCAAAGGUUUAAUUCUGUUCAGACAGUUCGUCCAGCCUAUCACCCUUAGCCGAAGGACGAUUCUUUCACCAGAGAGGGGUCCUGGCUUAGGUGUUCCUGGCAGAACCAGGUUUCCUCAGCUAUUAACAUGAACAGCCAGCAAGCUAACCCUAGCCCAACAAGUUGAUGACUCUACCUAUGUCUUUUUUAGGGGGCAGAAAACUAUACCCCUUUACCUUGUACCCCUGACACAGCUGGGAGCCACCGCUCUGUGACUCUUUCUCUGUUUUCAUCAAAGAUCUCUUUAGAGUUUUAUUUCAGAGCCCUUUUUUCCUCAUCCUCUUAAUUUGUAUCAUUCUUCUCUACUCAGCCAUUUUAAGUGCUGUAGGGUUUGCCUGAAUCUUAGAGCCUUAUGACUAAUCGUGAUACGGGUCGGUUCUGGACGGGGCUGACUUACCACCGCAAACCCCAUGCUUUGCUCCCUUUAUCUGCAUCCCUCUGUUGCUCUUACUUUUAGGAAGUCACACUUCAUUGCUAAUUCACAUUCAUCUUCUGUUCCCUAUCACUUCGGUACCUCCUCUCCAACACACUGAGCUGAAGCCAGUGCGUUUCUCAGCCGGUCCUGAUGGAUUUCUCAGCCUGUCCUCGAUGCAUUUGGCUUGCCAUUGUUCCUCCUAUGGGCCACUCCCUUCUCAGCCUUUCUGAGUCUCAGUCUGCUUAUUUCUAACACCACUUCUGGUUUUCAAGUCCAGAGUGAAGUCAGCAUUCACUCCCCUUCAAGGUUCUCACCACCAGUCCCGGGUUUGUUUGCACUUGGCAAGACCAAUGAGCAUUUUCUGCACCUCCUCAUUAAUGUGACUAUUCAAAAGUGUUGGGCUCCUGCAAUUCUGUGUCAUUGGUGAUUUCUUAGGGGAAAAAAAAUCCCUCCUGAUUGCUACUACAAUAUGAACAGAGUUCAUGACCAUAAAAGAGUAGAGCCACAGAAAUGCCUUCUGAGCACCUGUAGGCUUUGAUACAACAGCCCUAACAGGCAUUUAGCCAGGGGAGAAAAAUAUGAACACUGGAUGUGGCAUGAUCGUGAGGCCCGGGGAGAGAGGUUAAGAUCAUGAGCUUCAUUUUUAAGGUCAUAAUUCCACACUCGCAUGAUUCCACACUCACAAGGAAUUCAGAAUGGGGGAGACACCGCUGGAAAUCAUUCAGAUGCCCUACCUGCUUGGAUUUACCUAAAGGAAUUCGUAUUUCACUUCAGUAGGAAAUAGCAGAAAUGAUUGGACCUCUCCUUAUCUCCCAGUACUGCCGUGCAUUUCCUUGCCCGCGUGCUAGGUUGGGUAGGAAUUGGUUAUAGGUUGGGUCCUGGCCCAGGAAACUGAGCUACUGUUCCCCAAAGAGAUGAGAAUUUGCUUCUGUGUUCUCACAUACUGGGCUGCAUAUUCCUUUAUGAUGGGUCCGUAAGUAGCGAAGGCCUUGGGACUGACAGUUCUUAAAACAGCUCACCGAAAGAGAAUACCAGUGAUCAUGUCACACACACACACACACACACACAGGAAUGAGUUAAGUCUUGAAUCCCUGAAUUAAAUAAUUUUAAGGAUCAAAUUACCUGCAUGCAGUAAGGAUAGAUAAUUCCUUGCCAUUUAAUUAAAUGAAUUUCCAAUUCUUCUCAUCGGGAUUAAACUGAAGGACGAUGGAUGCCUUUUGGGUUUUUAAUUUUUUAAUAUUGCACUUUAUAGUACUUCAUAAGAGACAAUUGUCUUAAUUAAAGCCAUAAAAUACCAAUAAUACAUAUAUUCAGGGCUUCUGAAUAUAGUCAGUCAAUAAGCAGUCAUGAGUCAUUCCUGUUUUGUAUUGUUUGUUGUAAAUUGGAGUUUAUCUGUUCUAUUUUUUAUUGCAUACAAUUACUGUUCUAGACAAUCCUAACCUACUGAUAAAUUUUGGAUGUGUACUUCAAUAAAACUCUGAAAAUGAAAGAAAUUGUUCAUUUCACAAAGGCAUUCUUCAUCUUCAAAGUAGCUUGUGACAUAGUUUCCUUAAAUAGCAAGUUCUGAUACAAUAUUGAAAAUAUUUCUCUUUCUAAAUUAUAGAUUUAUUAUUUUUCAGGAAUCCAUUUGUUAUGUAAAGCAAGGUUCACCCAUAUAGAGAGUGAAUAUAUACUUGGGAAAUUUAAGGUUUGUUUGAGUUUUUAUGUAAAUGUAGGAUGGGCCUAAGAAGUUCCCUUAUAAAAAUGGCAAAUGUAGAUAUACAAUUUGUCGAUAGUUUCCUAUGCCGACAUUAUAAACCUUCCUUGGGAGGACACAGAAAAUAAUAGACUUCAUAAUGCACUGCGUUUCUGCUAAAAUACACAAGUUCUGACCUCUAUGGUAGGCUACUUAGCUAUACACACAAAGGUCCCCACAACUAAAAACUUUAAUAUUUCCCUUGAUCACAACUUUCUGUGUAAUUUGAGGGAAAGCUAAAAGAAUGACCAGAAAGCAUUUAAUAGCCUAGAAAUAUUCACCACAACUGGGUGCCUAAAUAAUUAAUAUAAACAUGUACAUUAAAUUGAACGACCCCAUCCAUUUGAUGCUUAAAUAUCUCUUUGCCCUAAGAUAGAGGGUCUAGACCAAGAGCCAGUGAUGUUCUUGUUGGGGACUGUUUUGUGGUCUGAAGACUUUCUCCAAAGGACAGAGACUCUCCAUCCAGAAAAGGGAGUCUCUGUUAACAUACAGCCCUGUUGGGCACUGCACGCAAAGUCCGUAUUUGUGCCCUGCAGUCUAGCCCAGGAGAAAUGGCUGGACCUCUAUUUGUCAGUAUUGCGGUGCAUUUCCUUCCUCGAGUGUGAAGAAGCUCCAGAAGCAAGAGCUUCUAUCUCCAAGCAAUCUGCAGUCUCAAAGAGCCAUUGCAAAUUGGAACAGCAAAGCUCCUUCCUGGAUUAAUGCAGUUGCUUCUAGCCCUAGAGAAAAGAUAAAUUAUACUUUUGUUCUUCGCAUAUUGGUAAAACAGACAGAAUGUGAUUGACACCGACCCGAAUGUAGCCAUUUGCCCUAGAGCACCUAAACCCUUUUUUGGACAGGUUACAUUAAAAAUCUCAGAAUGCCAUUUUUGUAAAGGAUCUUUUUAGGGAUCAAUGUCAUCCCCUGCUUCCUCUGUUUGCCUCCAUUUUAAAGAAGCAUUUUAACCCCUAUCUUUACCCCCAACAAGAAUCCAAACGAUGCACUUCCGGAUUAUUUUUGUCACUUUCUGUGUGUUUUGUUUAUUACGCGCAGUUUUCACUGGAUGACAGCUGUAUGGAGGUUUUGCGUCAGUUUAUUCUCUGUGAAUAUGUCUGUACAUAGAAGGCUAUAUUUAUUUGUACAUAGGCUGUUUGCAGUAAUAUGUUUCUGUCCCAUGAACUUCACUUGAUAAAGGGCGUUUGUUUCUUCACUGUGUUCCUGUUACACUUUUCGCACCUUUGUGCUUUUACUACUGGUAAUCAACUCAUAGAAUAUCACUUUAUGUAACUAAGUCUCCUCGGUGUGAAAAAUAAUAGUAAUAAAAUUAUUGACUCUAAAAAAAA